AUGAUCCAAGAGUAUGACAUAGGAGUUCUUUGUCUCUUAGAAACUCAUAUCAGCGGUGACCGAGCACUUGGAGUGGCUCGUCGGAUUUCAUUAGAUAAAUCCUUUAUGAUGCAUGCUAAUGGACAAGUUGGCGGGAUAUGGUGCAUGUUGAACUCUCAACUUUGGCAACUUGAAGUGAUGGAACAUUCUUCUCAAUAUAUCCAUCUUAAGAUCCUUAAAGGAGCGUUAUCGUGGUUCUGCAUCUUUGUCUAUGCGAGCCCCCGAACCCAAGGCCGUGUGGCUCUUUGGGGCGAUCUUCGUCGAUUGGCUGGUCAAAUCAAUGGUCCUUGGCACUUAAUGGGAGAGUUUAAUGCUGUCUUGAGGCAACACGAGAGAGUUGGAGGGUCUGUAAAUGCUUGUAUUCGAGGAGAUAAUGCAUUUAAAGAUUUUGUCAACCGCUAUCAUCUGAUGGAUUUAGGUUAUACUGGAGCUCCAUUUACAUGGCACAGGGGAAAUGUUUUUGAACGUUUAGACAGAUCACUUGCUUCCUAUGAAUGGCGCAUCCUGUUCCCAAAUGCAGCUCUUAAUCAUCUAAAUCCUUUGAAGUCUGAUCACGCACCUAUUCUUCUUAGACUCUAG